GGCAACCUACACCUACCAAGCCCAUCAUGUCAUUCCACGCGCUGUUCCGUUCUCAGGACAAAACACCGAAAAAUCCUCAAGAGCCAAGGUCCCAACAUUUAACCUUCUCAAUUCCGCGUUUUCUCUUUCGAUAUCUCUCCUCUGACUAUCUUUGACCAAGCCAAAUGGGUAACUGCAGCAGCCACCUCCCCUCCACGUUCAGCGCUAACGCCGCUGACUCUUCCGCCGCUUCCCGCCUCCCUCCUCCUCCAAAUGGCAUCACGGUCCACCCACCAUCCGCCUCUCCCCCGCCUCGCCCUCCACCACCGCAUUCACUGCAACCCUCCAAUCGCCCCUCCUCCACCACUCCCGCUGUGGGCCGAGUCCUCGGUCGUCCCAUGGAGGACGUCCGCAACACAUACACGUUCGGCCGCGAGCUGGGCCGCGGCCAGUUUGGAGUAACCUAUCUCGUCACCCACAAGGAAACCAAGCAGCAGUUCGCCUGCAAAUCCAUCGCCACCCGCAAACUCAUCAACCGCGAUGACAUUGAGGACGUCCGCCGCGAGGUCCAGAUCAUGUAUCACCUCACUGGUCACAGGAAUAUAGUGGAGCUAAAGGGAGCAUAUGAGGAUAGGCACUCGGUGAACUUGGUGAUGGAGCUAUGCGCGGGAGGGGAGUUGUUUGAUCGGAUCAUAGCUAAGGGUCAUUAUUCAGAGAGGGCAGCAGCCAAUCUAUGCAGGCAGAUCGUGACUGUUGUGCAUGAUUGUCAUUCCAUGGGAGUUGUACAUAGGGAUUUGAAGCCUGAGAAUUUCCUUUUCUUAAGCACCGAUGAGAAUUCCCCUUUGAAGGCUACUGAUUUUGGUCUCUCUGUGUUCUUUAAGCCAGUCUGUGUAAUUGCAGGUGAUGUAUUUAGAGACCUUGUUGGAAGUGCAUAUUAUGUAGCUCCUGAAGUAUUACAUCGAAAAUAUGGAGCUGAGGUUGAUAUUUGGAGUGCUGGGGUUAUCCUGUAUAUUCUUCUUAGUGGGGUCCCACCCUUUUGGGGAGAGACCGAACAGGCUAUAUUUGAUUCUGUUCUUCGGGGACAUAUUGAUUUCUCCUCUGACCCAUGGCCUUCCGUAUCCAGCAGCGCUAAAGAUCUUGUGAAGAAGAUGCUAAGAACUGAUCCUAAGGACCGACUUUCAGCAGUAGAAGUACUAAAUCAUCCAUGGAUGCGAGAAGAUGGUGAUGCAUCUGAUAAGCCUCUUGAUAUUGCUGUGUUAACCAGAAUGAAACAAUUCAGAGCAAUGAACAAACUUAAAAAAGUAGCUCUAAAGGUAAUUGCCGAAAACCUUUCUGAGGAAGAAAUUAUGGGCUUGAAGGAAAUGUUCAAAUCCAUGGACACUGAUAACAGUGGAACAAUCACUUAUGAAGAGUUGAAAGCUGGUCUUCCUAAAUUGGGUACCAAGCUUUCUGAGUCCGAAGUGAGGCAAUUAAUGGAAGCGGCCGAUGUGGAUGGAAAUGGAACAAUUGAUUACAUUGAGUUUAUAACAGCUACUAUGCACAUGAAUAGAAUGGAAAGAGAGGACCACUUAUACAAGGCUUUUGAAUAUUUUGACAAGGACAAGAGCGGGUACAUCACAAUGGAAGAGUUAGAACAUGCCCUUAAGAAAUAUAAUAUGGGCGACGCAAAAGCAAUAAAAGAGAUCAUUGCAGAAGUCGACACUGACAAUGAUGGAAGAAUUAACUACGAGGAGUUUGUAGCCAUGAUGAGAAAAGGCAAUCCAGAGUUGGUCACAAACAGAAGACGCAAAUAAGCCUCAAGUUUUGCUUUUCUGAUGGCUUUAAUCGUUUGUGAAUUUUUUGUUUUUCAUUAUGUACUGUAAUUGAGAUACCAUAUGGAACAUCAAAUUUAGCUGGCAUUGUAUUGCACAGCAAGCCAAUCACCGUCUUGUGAGAUCCUUCGCGGUGUGCCAUGCAUGCCCUUUGCACAGAGAAAUAGGCUUCAAUGGCAUUGCAUUUUGGGAGAUUUUUCACCAUUUUUGGUGACACAUAUUUCUCAUAUGUACGCAGAAAUUUUUCUACAUUAUAUUUACGACUUUUUUUUUUUAA